UCAUCCGCAUGGAAAACCCUCAAUUCUGAUCUCCGAUUUCGCUCUGCCAGACUAUUUCGACCACGCCUCGUUUCAGCUUCCGAUCAUAACUUCAACUCUAGCAGUAUCCGAUUCGCUCUCAUUUUCCUCAAUGUCGUCGACUUCAAAUUCGCUCAUGGACAGCUUGUUCCAGCGCAGCCUCGAGGAUCUGAUCAAAGGUCUACGUCUCCAGAUACUCGGAGAAUCCACUUUCAUUUCUAAGUCCCUAGACGAAAUCCGCCGCGAGAUUAAACAGACGGAUCUCUCCACCAAAUCCAUCGCCCUCCAGAAACUGUCAUACCUCGCCGCACUCCACGGCGUCGAUAUGUCCUGGGCGGCUUUCCACGCCGUGGAAGUCGUUUCCUCAUCUCGAUUCGCGCAUAAGAGGAUCGGUUACCACGCCAUUGCUCAGUCGUUCAACGAUCAGACGCCGGUUCUGCUUCUGAUCACGAACCAGCUCCGAAAGGAUUUGAACAGUUCCAACGAGUACGAGGUGAGUCUCGCUCUUGAAUGUUUGUCUAGGAUUGGAACUGAUGAUCUAGCUAGGGAUUUAACCCCCGAGGUUUUUACGCUCUUGGGUAGUGGCAAGGCUUUCGUUAGGAAAAAAGCUAUCGGUGUGGUUCUGAGAGUUUUCGAUAAGUACCCUGAUGCUGUUAAGGUAUGUUUCAAGCGUCUUGUCGAGAAUCUCGAGAGCUCUGAUCCGCAGCUUCUCUCAGCUGUAGUCGGAGUCUUCUGUGAACUCACCACAAAAGAUCCACGAUCUUAUCUUCCCUUAGCUCCCGAGUUUUACAAGAUUCUGGUAGAUUCGAGGAACAAUUGGGUUUUGAUCAAGGUUCUUAAGAUAUUUUCUAAGUUGGCUUCGAUUGAGCCUAGGUUGGCUAAGAAGGUGGCUGAUCCGAUCUGUGAACAUAUGAGGAGGACUGUGGGAAAGUCUUUGGUGUUUGAGUGUGUUAGAACCGUAGUUAGUAGCUUGAGCGAUCAGGAAACAGCUUUGAAACUUGCGGUGGCAAAGAUUAGGGAGUUUCUUGUGGAAGAUGACCCGAAUCUCAAGUAUCUUGGUCUUCAUGCCUUGUCGAUUGUUGCUCCAAAGCAUUUGUGGGCAGUUUUGGAGAACAAAGAAGCUGUUGUCAAGGCUCUGAGCGAUGAGGAUCCAAAUGUUAAACUCGAGGCUUUGCAUCUUCUAAUGGCAAUGGUGAAUGAAGAUAAUGUGUCUGAGAUCUCCCGGAUUCUUAUGAAUUAUGCGCUCAAGUCUGACCCUUUGUUCUGCAACGAGAUUAUUGGUUCCAUUCUACUGGCAUGCUCCAGGAACUCAUAUGAGAUCAUAGUAGAUUUUGAUUGGUACUUGUCUCUUCUUGGUGAAAUGGCCAGAAUCCCACAUUGUCAAAAAGGGAAAGAGAUUGAGCAUCAGUUGAUUGAUAUUGGUACGAGGGUCAAAGAUGCUAGACUGGAGCUAGUUCGUGUUUCUCGAGCUCUGCUUAUUGAUCCUGCAUUGCUUGGUAAUCAGUUCUUGCACCCGAUAUUGUCCGCAGCUGCUUGGGCUUUAGGAGAAUAUGUCGAGUUCUCUAAGACCCCUUAUGAGAUUGCAGAGGCGCUUCUACAACCACGUACUUGUCUCUUACCACCUUCCAUUAGAGCAAUCUACAUACAUUCCGCUUUCAAAGUUCUUGUCUUCAGUCUCGGGGCAUACUUCUCAGCCAAAGAGCCCACUUCCUCGCCCUUGGUUCCUGAGUCUACUACCUCUGGCUUUUCAUCGGUGAAUGGUUUCACAUACAAAUCUAUCUCGAGUCUGUUGAAUAUGAUUGAGCUGGGAUUGUGCUCAUUAUCCGGAACCCUUGACGUGGAAGUGCAGGAGAGAGCUAAGAACGUUCUAGGAUUCAUUGGUAUGAUAAAGCAUGAAAUAGCUGAGAAAGUAACCUCCCAAGACAGUGAAACAGAAGCUUCUAGAGCCAUAGCAUUCAUGGAAGAUAUUUUCUCAGAAGAGCUUGGUCCUGUUUCUUCAACUGCACAGGAAAAAAUUCCUUUACCAGAGGGGUUAGAGCUCAAAGAGAAUCUUGAAGAUCUGCAAGAGAUUUGCAGAGAAGUUCUGGAACCAAUUGACGACUCAAAGUCAACUUCUUUCUCUCCCUCAGACAAAAUUAGCUUCUCUAUUGCUAAACUCAGAAUCAGAGAUCAACAAGAAGCCUCAUCUUCUUCAUCUCCUGAGCCUAAAUCUGCAUACUUACUCGCAGAACACAGAAAACGCCAUGGCCUGUACUAUCUCUCCUCCCAGAAGAGCGACGACCACAAUGAUAGCAAUGGCAACAACAACAACAACAACACGCUAAACGAAUACCCACCAGCGAAUGAGAUAUCGGUGGACUCAUUUAACCCCAAGAAGAAGAUGAACCAAUCAAAACCGAGACCUGUAGUGGUGAAACUGGACGAGGGAGAUGAAUCAAAGACGAAGCCAGACGCUAGUAGUAACGAUGAACCUUUGUCACGUGCGAUCCAGACCGCUCUAAUGGGGAAAGGAAAAGAGAAGGAAAGAGAAAAAGAUAACCACGAGAGAGAUCUUGAUUCAGGGGUCAAUGAACAGAGCUUGAGAAGAGAUAAAAAGAAGAAGAAAAACGGGGAGAAACGUAGUAAACAUAGAUCAAGACGACGAAGAGAUGAAGAAGUAAGUGCAACGAAACCAGUCGAAAUACCAGAUUUUCUCUUAUGAAUACUAAGUUUGGAGUUUGCGUUUCUGGCCAAAUUAACUGGAUGGUGUGUUUCUUGUUCAGUGAUUUUCAUGUACCCAUAAUUGAUUCUUUUGUGUUUAUGAAAUAUAUAUAUUCUUUCUUACAUUAUA